AACUGAAGCUGUGGUCAGAUGAGACCUGGGACCGGGUGGUUGCUGGGCGUCCGGGAGUUCCAACGGGGUGAAUUUAGGUGUCCCACGGUUACAUCUAGAAGGCUAUCCCCCCUCGCUCACUCCACCCCUCGGUCCUCAAGGAGUUGAAAGUUUUGUUUCGAAGUCAUAUAGACGUACAAGAACGUUCUUUCUGUCAAAACUGCGAGACUAAGUUUUGUUACCAACAAUAUGAAAGGCUCUGAGGUUAGCCCGGAAAAAAAGAAAAGGGAUACAAUGCCAGCGAGAAGACUUCGUGAGGUAGUUUCUCCAAAUCAUGGAGAUAAUUUGGCUUUGCUGAAAGAUGAGAUACCCUUUGUUCCUCCAGCUUUGUCUGCAUAUAAACGUCUUCCUGCUAGAACAAGGACUACCUUAAAUGGAACAUCAUGUGGUUCAUCAGCCUUAACUGCUGCUAGAAAUUAUCACCAGUCUCCAUUAGAAAAUCCCGCUGCAUCAGAAAGUGGUUUUUCUAAAGACACUGCAAUUCAAGGAUUACCUUUGGAUAAAACAGAAGAGAGCAACAGACAAAAAGCAAAUGACGUCUUUAUUUCUCAGUACACAACAGGACAGAAGGAUGCUGUAAGAACAGCUUUAAAGCAAAAAGUUCAAAGCAUGCCUGUUUUUAAAGAAGUAAAAGUACAUCUUUUAGAAGACGCAGUCACAGAAAAGGAUGCUAUUGCUCAGGACACUAGAACUUCACCCAGUGGGAUUGAUUCAGCUACAACUGUGGCUGCAGCAACUGCCGCCGCCAUUGCAACAGCAGCACCACUGAUAAAAUUUGCUGAAGAGAAUGUCCUUCGACUCCAUCCAGACAUAGAUUUGGAUAAACAGAAAUCUCCUUUGGAAACACCGGCACCUCGCAGGUUUGCUCCUGUACCUGUUUCAAGGGAUGAUGAACUAUCAAAGAGGGAAAAUGAUGUGGAAGAAAAAGAAAAUAAGGAAAUGUCAGGUCCUAGAGGAAAUGUAAGACUCUUGGAACAAAUUUUGAAUAACAAUGAUUCUUCAAUAAGAAAAAGUGAAUUUACUGAUAAUACCUCAUUAACUAGGUCAAUAGGAUGGAAUCCUGAGAAAAGAGACAGCAUUGCAACUCUACCUUCUCAAAGAUUUCCUUUCUGUGAAGAGCUGGGAGCAGCUAAAGUGACUAUGCAGAAGUCUGAUGAUGUUCUUCAUGAUUUUGGUCAAAAGAGGAAAGAAGCAAAUGGCAUGGUCCAGAAUUACGUUAAUAAGCUUCAAACAACCAAUACGACAAGAUCUAUAUUGAAAGAUGCUGAGAAGAUUUUGAGAGGCGUACAAAACAAUAAAAAAGUACUUGAAGAAAAUCUGGAAGCUAUUAUUCGGGCAAAGGAUGGAGCUGCCAUGUACUCAUUUAUCAAUGCUUUAUCUACCAACAGAGAAAUGUCGGAAAAAAUUAGGAUCAGAAAGACAGUAGAUGAAUGGAUUAAAACUAUUUCUGCAGAAAUUCAGGAUGAACUGGCAAGAAAAGAUUAUGAACAAAGGAAAUUUGAUCAGAAGAAUCAAAGGACUAAGAAAACUCAGAAUUUGAGUAAAGAUCUUAAAACCAACGCACAAGACAAAACCGUAAACAGAUACGUAUUUCCAAGGAAAUAUUCUCAAAAACAAAUAGAAGAGCAUUUUAGAAACCCACCUGUGAAGAGCACACCUCCUUCAGGUUUACAAAAAGAGAGAAAAGAAGGUCUUUUUAAAACAACCACAGUGAUACAAGAUGAAGAUUAUAUGUUCCAAGUGUACGGAAAACCAGUUUAUCAGGGUCACCGCAGCACUCUCAAAAAAGGACCAUAUCUCAGAUUUAAUUCUCCAUCUCCUAAAUCCAGACCACUGAGACCAAAAGUAAUAGAGCAAGUUAAAGGCACUAAAGUCAAGUCAAUAAGAACACAAACUGACUUUUAUGCAGCAAAACCUGUGAAAAUGGAUUCUAAAAUGAAGCACUCCACCAUGACACUGCCUUGUGGAGAUCAGAAGUAUGUGUUCAGUCCAAGCAGGGAAAUGCCUACUGUUUCAGGCACACUGGAGGGGCAUCUCAUUCCUAUGGCAAUUCUUUUAGCACAAACCCAGAGUAAUAGUGAUUCCAUGCCACCUGCUGGAGUAAUUGUAAACAAGCCACACCCCAUAACCGUGACUACUUCUAUUCCUCCAUCAUCUCGAAAAAUAGAAAGUGGAGUAAAGAAACCUAACAUAGCAGUUGUAGAAAUGAAGUCAGAAAAAAAGGAUCCUCCUCAGCUUACUGUACAGGUGCUGCCCAGUGUAGACAUUGAUAGCAUUUCAAGUGGAAGUGCUGAUGCCGAUCCAUCUUUCCCUAGUUCCAAAGAAGCAUCUUUGCCUCCUCUGCAACCCUUGAUACAGGCUCCAGAAAUUCUGAAUGGGGAUGAAGAAGAGGUGAAGUUUCCAGGAACGAACUUUGAUGAAAUAAUUGAUGUCAUUCAGGAAGAAGAAAAAUGUGAUGAAAUUCCAGACUCUGAACCAAUCGUGGAGUUUAACAGAAGUGUAAAAGCGGUUUCUACAAAAUAUAAUGGUCCUCCCUUUCCACCAGUUGCUUCUACUUUUCAGCCCACUGCUGAUAUUUUGGAUAAAAUAAUUGAAAGAAAAGAAACAUUGGAAAAUAGUGUAAUUCAGUGGGUAGAACAAGAAAUAAUGUCGAGAGUCAUCUCUGGGCUCUUCCCAAGUCCACACCAAGCCGAGUCUAGUGUUAGCCUGUCAGUCAGCGAGGCAAGUGAGUUCCCUACGUCUGAUGCUGUGGAAGGAACAAGCCAUGGUGCCCUCCAGCUUUUUGUCGAUGCCGGGGUUCCUGUGAAUUCAGACACCAUUAGCCAUUUUGUGAAUGAAGCUCUCGCUGAGACCAUUGCUGUCAUGCUGGGUGACAGAGAAGCAAAGAGGCAAGGUCCUGCUGCCAUUGGCGCCUGUGGGGAGGUUUCAGCACAUGAAGCCACCUUGCUGGCAAGAGUGUGUACCCCGGUGGCUACCCCACAGCCUACACCGCCUCACUCACCUUCAUCACCUCCUCAAGAGUAUGUGUUGGUAAAAACUCCAGAUUCUUCUCCCUGUGAUUCAGAUCAUAAUGUGGCUCUUCAUGCAAAUGAAAUAUUUGCUGAAAAAGGAAAUGAUAUGCCUACUGUCAUGCUUAUCACUACUCCAGCAGUUACCCCUACUACAACACCACCCCCAGCAGCACCUCUUACCCCAACUUUGUCAGAAAUUUCCAUUGAUAAAUUGAAGGUGUCGAGCCCAGAGCUUCCCAAGCCGUGGGGUGAGGGAGACCUGCCGCUGGAAGAAGAGAACCCUGACCUCCUCCCUGAAGAGCGCCUUCCCCCGACAGCCAUCGUGAUGUCUGUGGCUCAGGAUGAAGAGCCUGACAGUGCCAUGGGUCUCCCUGCUCAGCCUGUACCUCCAGAGCCGGCUCCCUUUGCACCAUCUCCUGCUGCCCCCAAGGUCCCUUCCUCCCUCCAGAUGCCAAGUUCUGACUCAUCAACACUGGAAAGCACCUUGAGUGUCACCAUCACCGAAACAGAAACUUUAGAUAGACCCAUCUCCGAAGGAGAGAUUCUAUUUAGCUGUGGUCAAAAAUUGGCUCCCAAGGUUUUAGGAGAUGGAGGACUGUAUCUAACGAACCUAAAUGACAGUUUAUCCAGCACUCUGCAUGAUGUUCUUGAAAUGGAAGAUGAUUCUCCCAGUGAAGGACAAGUGAUCAGGGUGCCCCAUAAAAGGGUUCCUGCAGAUGCAAUUCUUUCUCUUCUUGCCAAACAAAGCCAGGAAUCAUCAAUUUUACCGCAAGCGGACUAUCAUUCAGAGGACUUGGAAAACAGUGUGGGUGAACUUAGUGAAGGACAGAGGCCCAGGCUGACAGCAGCAGCAGAGCGCAUCUUACUGGGCCAUCCUCUCUGCGUGCAGCAGCCUGUCGCUGCUGCAAACACUUCCCUUCCACAGUGUGAGUCUAAGCCAUUAGCUCAGCAGUUUGAUGCAGUUUCAGAUGGCAUUGAUGAAGAUUCUUGUGCUAGUCGUGGUCCAAUGAGUUUGGAAGAAUUGGAGUUGCAGCCAAAUUCUAACCUGGUUUUCCCCACGACACUUCUGACAGCACAAGAAAGUGAUGUUAAUUUACCAGUAGCAGCUAAAGAUUUUUCUCAGUACCAAAAAAAGCAAGACCAGGAUGUUAAGCAAGCUGAAUACAAGCCAGCACAGAGUUGUUUAAUGCGCGUAAGGAGUAAAUCUGAUAUUUCACUUUCACAGCAACAAGCUUCGCCAAGUGGUAUGGAUCGGACACAAAUAGAGCCCAAUCUGUACCUCACAUCUGCAUUUACAGGUGGUAACGCAGGACCACUCCUCCCUCCGCAGUCACCACCUGCCAAGAUGUCUGUGACACUGCCCUCAGUGAGCCUCGAGGCCCGCUCGCUGUCUCCCAGCAUCAGCACGGCACAGGGGGACACGGAGUCGUCAGGAGCAGACACCUUCUGACCGGGAGUUGAGAGCCUGCAUGGUGUUGAUGCCACUGGUUUGGAAGUCAUUUUACGUUGGUGUAAACCAUCUCCCAGACUAUUUUUGUUGUUGAGCAUAUUCUGAAAAACAUUUCUAGUUUUUUAUUAAACUGAGAAGCAUAAUUGGGGUAUUUAGGUAAAGUUUUGAAAUAAAAUAAAUAUAAAUUCUCA